UUAAUAGUCCAACAUGGCGGAAAUAUUCGUUCCACCAUACUACAGAUUUUAGUUAAAAAAAUAGUUUUUUAAUGUAUAUUACACCAAUAAGCAUAAGUUAUCACCAUAGUGACUAAUGUGAUAAAUUUAUAUUCCUGCUAAAUGCAUUCCGCAAUAAUCGUGUGUUCAUUUUAUUAUUAAAUUUAUUAUACGUAGUCAGAUAUGAAGGAAGUGAUAUUGGCUAUUCUAACCUUUGUAUGUAGCGUAUUUUUAGUUUUAAUAUUUGUGUUGUUUUGCUGGUACGUAGUUUGGAAGUGUUGUUUGUCUAAAUUUCGCUUUGUUCGUGAGCUGCUUGGGGGUAUGUCAGAUACUCCCCCAGCUUCAGAGACACGACAACCGAAAGUAAAAAAAACGAGGCGAGAAUAAAAAAAUAUCUUACAUUUUUGGAAAUAUAAACAUCUACAAUGAAUAUUCGGUGUGCCCGUCCUAGUGACCUUAUGAACAUGCAGCACUGUAAUCUAUUGUGCUUACCAGAGAACUACCAGAUGAAAUAUUAUUUCUAUCAUGGAUUGUCAUGGCCGCAACUCAGCUAUGUAGCUGAAGAUGAAAAGGGUCACAUUGUUGGUUACGUUCUUGCAAAAAUGGAGGAGGAUGGUGAGGACAAUCGCCAUGGUCAUAUAACUUCUCUUGCAGUCAAAAGAUCUCAUCGUCGACUUGGACUCGCACAAAAACUUAUGAAUCAAGCGUCACUUGCGAUGGUGGAAUGUUUCCAGGCUAAAUAUGUCUCUCUGCAUGUAAGAAAGAGCAACAGAGCUGCACUGAAUCUGUACACUAACUCCCUUGGUUUUAAAAUUUUAGAAAUUGAACCAAAAUAUUAUGCAGAUGGUGAAGAUGCAUACUCCAUGAUGAGAGAUCUAAGUGCAUUUACAGCCGACAAUAAGUGUGACAAUCAAUCAACUGAAAAUUUAGAAAUAAAGUCAGAAUCAGCCAUUGUAUCACAGUGUUAAAAUGCUUAAGGCAAACAAUAAAUGUAAA